AUACAGCGAACUGAGCAGCCUUGCCUGCACGAGCUGCUUUAUAAAGAGCUAAAUUUACCAAAUUUACGUUGUUUCCUGAGCUCUUACAAUUGGCCGAGCGUACUGGGCUUAGACAGUUAUAAGUUUGGAGGACCUCCUACCACUUCGAAACUUGUUCAUGUCUUCUGAGCGCAGCUGUGGAGAGGCGACAGUGAGAUAGGCGCACAGACUCGAGCGGCUGCCGCUCUACACAACGCAACUUUGACAAGAGAUAAGUUAUUAUUUCACCCAACGAUGGCCUUAUCCGGAGUGAUGCUACCAUCCUUUUCUACAUUCUCAAACCAAAGGGAAAAACCAUGGGAAAACAGGUGGAAAGGAGAGGACAAACUCCCCAGCAGCUGCUCCAUGCUUGAGAUGGUACACCUGGACCAUCACAUCAAAAAGGACGACGAGGAUCUGAGUAACUAUUUGGAUCUGGAUUUUAUUCUCGCCAACACAACAUGCACAGGCAGCGCACCAGACUUUGUUAGUACGGUUGACCCCAGCAUGUACACGACGGGACACUCCGUGCCAUCAUACCCAGCAGAGGACCACCGUUCCCCGCCGCCCCCGUACGGCGCCAGCCUCAUGACAGAGCUGCUCCGUUCCGAAGGACCAAGCAACUAUGGCAUUACGCGCAACAACGGCGUUCAGGGGAGGUUUUAUGUCAACACAGUGCCUUUUCCCCGCCAAGACAUCAUCAAAGUGGAGCCCCCCAUGGACGGUUACGGCCCCGUAAUGGGCAUGGUGCCUCAAAGCUGCAGCAAAAUCAAACAAGAAGGGAACGUGUCGUGCAUGAUGUCUUUCGAGCAGCCCCGGGUUGCCAUCUCCCCGCGGGCAGCCAGCAACAUGACCCCGCCUCUCAGCCCCAAUGACCAGGGAGUUUCAGACUGCCAGGCACAGCUGUGCCAGCCCAUGAACUUCUCCCAGAAGUAUCAUACACCGACAGCUUACCCUCACCACUCCCAGGCUCCGCAGAUGCAGAUGUCCUACCACGCUCCACACACUGCAUUUGGCAUGUACGAUGAAGGUCUCAGCCUGCAGCCAGGCGCGCAGAGGGUGAUGCUCACACCGCCCUCUUCUCCCCUUGAGCUGCUGGAGUCAAAACCAAAGAGAGGGCGACGCACCUGGCCGCGCAAGCGCACAGCCACGCACACCUGCACCUUUGCUGGCUGUGGGAAAACUUACACCAAGAGCUCCCACCUGAAGGCACAUCUCAGAACUCACACCGGUGAGAAGCCGUAUCACUGCAGUUGGGAAGGCUGUGGAUGGAAAUUCGCCCGUUCUGAUGAGUUAACUCGUCAUUUCCGCAAACACACAGGUCACAGGCCCUUCCAGUGCCACCUGUGCGAACGCGCCUUCUCCAGGUCUGACCACCUCGCGCUUCACAUGAAGAGACACAUGUGAGGGAGCCCACAUAAAGACUGAGGGUUCAUGGGGGGGAUUGUGUUUUUUAUUGUGAUUCAACUGAUGUAUUUUUUAUUUAAAUUGUUCUCCACCUGACCAAAGUCUUUUUAUAUAUAUAAUAUUGAAUUCAAAAUUUUAGUGUUAUUUUCUAAUGAUGUAGCUGGUACUACUCUGGUUGUAUGAAAGCUUUAGAAAAGCAUUGUUUGCUUUAGAGCAGGCAGACCAAGAAGGGGCUGGCCCUGUAUAUACUACUCUUCUCUGACAGAACUGGAAUGCUGUGUUUGACACAAAAGUGCCUUUCUACGACUGUGCUACUGUAAAACUCUUCGCGACAGAAUGACAUGGCCACAAAACAACAUAUUCUUGUUGACAGGAGUGAGGUGCACAUACAGAUGCCUAGCAUGUGCAAAGACAAUGUUUUAUUUAAACUGCCUCAGUGUCUGAAUGACCUGACUUUCCUGCCUCCUUCUCUUUGGAGUAGAAGUUGUCUCCACUUGUGUGAAACCUUUGGAUCCAGCCCCUCUGUUCACUAUCAGGGCUUGAUGUCCUGUGCAUUAUUUUCACUUAAAUUUAUAUAAAUAUGUACAUGGAUUUUAUACUGUCAAAUGUAUUUAUUGUAAAUAUUAAAAAACAAUGAAAUUGAA